UUCUGUUCUUCUGCAUUGGUUUAAGAGUGAUUUCUGGAAGUGGGACGUCUUGGACUUGGGGGAAAAUGUUUCUGUUCUUCCUUUUGUUUUCAAUGAUAUUGAUACAAAGCCUUCCCGUAACCCCUGUUAGCGUGUCCACCAGGGAACCAAAAGUGUCUGUUCGUGAGUAUUCAGAUGCGAUGCUUUCGUGUGAGUUUAAGACAGAGCAGGAGCCAGAGCCGCGGAUAGAGUGGAAGAAAAUAGGAAAAGACGUGUCGUUCGUCUACUAUGAGGGACAUUUUCGAGGUGAGUUUGCAAAACGCGCGGAGAUUGAGGGGGCUACCGUGACCUUGAGCAGGGUGAGUCAGAAGGACGCAGGAGUGUAUCGGUGUGAGGUCAGCGCCCCUAAAGACUCAGUCACCCUGGGAGAAAUAAACGUCACCCUUACUGUUCUGGUUCCACCCCAGACCCCGUCCUGUGUGAUCCCCAGUUCGGCUGUAACAGGCUCGGCGGUGGAAUUAAGCUGUAGAGACCUGCACGGUAUCCCGGCUGCCACCUACACCUGGUUCAAAGACAGGAAAGCAUUGAGUGUACGACCGCAGGCCAACAGCACUUACACCAUCAACCCCCACACCGGCGUCCUGACGUUUAAAACGGUCACCAGAAAUGACACGGGUCGGUACCACUGUGAGGCAAAAAACGGAGUAGGCUCUCCCAAGAGCUGUGCGGGCAAUCAUAUGAAGAUUGAUGAUUUAAAUGUCCAAGGCAUAAUCGUUGCUACAUUAGUGGUCUGUUUGAUCGUGUCGAUAUGUAUCGUAGGAGUGUGCUGUGCCCACCGACACGGUUACUUUAGCAGACACAGAGGAAGUGCCAAUACUGGCUACAGCCCUCCACCACAAGAGCCUCAGGACUUCAGACACACCCAGUCCUUCAUGCUGUGAGGAACUGUCCCCCAGAAAAUAUCUUCAGCGUAUUUGGUGGAUUAGCUGGGAUUCGCUGUAUUCACUGAAACCAAAUGGCGAUAUGCUGUAAUGUGGGCUACCACUGUGCAUGGACAGCGAAAAGACAAAACAGCUUCUGGGAAUUUUUUUGUUUUGUUUUGUUUUAAUUGCUGUGCAGUGCUGUUCAGAGAUCCUGCUGAUGAUUGUUUCUUAUUUAAGAUUAGUUAGGUAAUAAUACACCGCCCCCCUAGAGGUUAAACCUUGAAAUAACAUUGGUUUUUAGCUCCCUCUGGUGGUCAAUUGCUCACACUGGACUUCAGGUCACUGCCAUUCACUUAUGCCCCCUAGUGGUACGUCUCAAGCAGACAAGGUGAACGGCCUAGCCGCUUAUGAUGAGAUUGAAGGUCGCUUACAAACCCUAUUACAUAUUCAUUACCUGUAUGUCUCUGUGCCUUAUUAAGAGUGUAAUGGUAAUAUUAAUCGGGUGAUAUUUGUAUAAACAGAAAUUUUUAAGUUUUGAAACUGUGCCUUUUUUUCUAAUGUGGAUUUUAUUUUAGUUUUGUUGCAAAGUGAG